AUGUCUCGUAACCUAGCUCUUGUCACUGGCUCAACUCAAGGCAUUGGCCUUGCAGUUGCCAAAGAGCUCGCCAUCAAGCACAACUACCAUGUCCUUCUUGGCGUUCGAAACACCAAAGCCGGAGAAGAAACCGCCUCUGAUCUUCGCAAAGAAGGCCACGAAGCUUCAGUCGUAGAGCUUGAUCUCACCUCUGCUGACUCCAUCGACAAAGCAGUCAAGCAUAUCGAUGAGAAGUACGGAUAUCUCGAUGUUCUCAUCAAUAACGCUGGUGUUUUGCUUGAUAGGCAGGAAGGUCUUUCGACCUGGGAUCUCUUCUCCAAGACAUUCACUACCAACGUCAUCGGAACUGGCUGUCUUACUCAAAGCCUCCUCCCACUCCUGCGCAAAGCGAAGAAUUCUCCACCGCGCAUCGUAUUUGUAACGAGCGUCAUGGGCAGUCUCACCAAAGCAACCGAUGAAACCACGACCUAUUACAACAUUGACUACAAGGCCUAUGACGCGAGUAAAGCGGCAGUCAACAUGCUCAUGUUCAACUUCGCACGCGAACUGGAUGCUGUUGGUGGGAAGGUCAACUCUGUUUGUCCGGGACUGGUAAAGACGGGCUUGACCAAUUAUCACGAGUGGGGAACGAGCCCUGAGACUGGUGCCGAAAGGAUCGUUGAGAUGGCGACUAUCGGGGAGGAUGGGCCUACCAAGACCAUUAGUGACCGUAAUGGAGAGCUUCCUCUGUAG